UUAAACCCGCCGCAGAAGCAGCCGCUGUGGUGCUCAAGAUGGCGGACACGUGUGGUCAGGUUUUACUGGGCUCAGGGCUCACUGUGCUGUCCCACCCGCUCAUGUACAUCAAAGUCCUCAUCCAGGUCGGACACGAGCCGCUGCCGCCGACUCUGGGCAGAAAUCUGUUUGGUCGACAGGUGUACCAGCUGCCCGGGCUGUUUGCUUAUGCAAAACACAUAAUAAAGAUCGAUGGAAAGGCCGGUCUCUUCAAAGGCCUCGUUCCAAGACUGUGCGCCGGGACCUUUGGCACAGUGGUGCACAGCCAAGUGGUGCAGAAAUGCCACGAGAACGACAAUGUCCGGCUGCCCAGCGGUCCACAGAAAGCUCCAGCUGGAUCCUUGGAGCACGUCGUUAAUGAGACGACCAAAGAGAUGAUCGCUCGCUCCUGCGCUACCGUCGUCACACAUCCUUUUCACGUGAUAACUUUAAGAUGUAUGGUGCAGUUCAUCGGGAGGGAAACAAAAUACAGUGGAAUCUUUGACUCCGUUAUCACAAUCUACAGAGAAGAGGGCAUCCUGGGGUUCUUUGCUGGGCUGAUUCCUCGUCUGCUCGGAGAUGUUCUGUCUCUUUGGAUUUGUAACAUGUUGGCUCAUUUUAUCAACACAUACGCCAUCGACGACUCUAUGAGUCACACAGGAGAAAUUAAGAACUGCUCUCAGGCUGUGACCGGGUUCUUUGCCAGUAUGCUCACGUACCCCUUCGUUUUGGUGUCUAACCUCAUGGCUGUCAAUAACUGCGGACUUGCUGGAGGUCUUCCCCCUUAUGCUUCAGUAUAUCCCACUUGGGUCGACUGCUGGAGGCAUCUAAGCAGAGAGGGCAACAUGAGCAGAGGAAACAGUUUAUUUUUCCGCAAACUUCCCGCAGGAAAGACGUACGCUCUGGAGCAGAAGAGAUUUUUUUAAACCCAACCAUCGGGAUCAUUGUUUAAACGCACUAAAAAAACAAAAUCAACAUUUUUGCCUAAUACUCGGUUUGGCACUUAAGUCUUGUUUUGUAUGCACUCGUUUCUUAUGUCUUUUAUUUACACCAUCCCAUCAAUGUUCGGCUGAAUAACGACGAUUAACUUUUAUUACAUGUCAGAAAAUAUCUAAGUGCCCCCAUAUUUUUAUAUAGAAACCAUGGACUAAUCAUAUGGCGAGACGUCUUGGAAAACCCCAGUCUGCAUGUGAUCUGCUAAUAGACAUGUUAAAAUGGCGAUAACGCAAAUGUAGACAGGACCUUGUUGUACGAUUUUUGUCUGGUUAAAUGUUAAUUAUUGUAGCUCCCCCUGCUGAGUGGAGGCUGGAGCGGGUGGAGAGAUGUGGGGUAAUGGUUGUGGAGCAUGUGUGAUGUGGAGACGCCUGAACCUCUUCAUAUAGUCAAGUGCUUGUACGAACUGACUGACCCAAUAAAUAAUGCUUUUUUUGCA